UCUCAUGCAGUUUGUGAUCAGCUGUGCAAUGCAAGUUGACUUUAGUUAUUGCACCAUCCCUCACCUGCACUUAUGCUCCUGCACUACAACUCCUCCUGCACUACUGCACUUCAGCCUCUCCAGUGGAAGUCCUUCACUCCUCUCGGCGGCAGACUGAGCUGAGGAGCAUCUCUCGCAUCAAUGGAUUUGCGUAAACGGGUUUGGAGUAUCUGCGCAGCGGUUGGCUUGGUGCUCAUAGUCAGUGAACAGUCCCGCUGUGAAAAAAACUGGGAGGUUCCUCGCUUCGACGGCUGGUACAACAGUUUGGGAUAUCCCAGACGCGGAGCUGUCGGUUCUCGCCUUGUGCGCCUUGUGCCCGCGCAUUACUGGGACGGAGUCUACCAACCUGUCCAGGAGCCGCCAAACCCCCGCAGGCUGAGCAGCCUGCUGGCCGGGGGCCCCUCCGGUUUGCCCUCAACACGCAACCAGACCGUGCUCUCUCUGUUCUUUGGUUAUCAUGUUUCUUUUGAAAUGUUUGACUCAAGAAGUCCUGGGUGUCCACCUGAGUUCAUGAACAUCCCAGUUCCAAAAGGUGACCCUGUCUUUGACCCCACUGCCACUGGAAAAGUCCUGCUGCCCUUCCAGAGAGGACCGUGGGACAAAGAGUCCGGGCAGAGCCCCAGUAAUCCUCGCACACAGGUCAACUUGGUGACCGCAUGGAUAGAUGGCAGCUCCAUCUAUGGCCCCUCCACGUCCUGGUCUGACUCCCUGAGAAGCUUCUCUGGAGGGUUCUUGACUUCAGGCCCUGAGUGGAACAUGCCAAAUCAGGCAAGAGGACACAGUUUCAUGUGGGCCGCCGCUGACCCCACUACAGGAGACCACGGACCUCACGGGCUUCUUGAGUUGGGAAAUGCCUGGGCCAAUGAGAACAUGUUCACAGCAGCAGAGGGGAUUAUCUGGUUUCGCUACCACAAUUAUGUAGCUUCCAAACUGCAUGAGGAACACCCAGAGUGGUCAGACGAAAAGCUGUUUCAAAACGCCAGGAAGAUCGUUGUUGCCACAUUCCAGAAUAUUGCUCUCUACGACUGGCUGCCUGGAUAUCUUGGAGACAAAAAGCUCCCUCCUUACCCAGGUUACCAGAAGUUUGUUGAUCCAGGGGUCUCUCCUGAGUUUCAGGCUGCUGCCAUUCGAUUUGGCAUUACUAUGGCCCCACCUGGGGUUUACAUGAGAAACAGAACCUGCCAUUUUAGGAAGCUUGUCAACACAGAUGGCAGCUCAUCACCAGCAAUGCGUCUUUGUAACAGCUUUUGGAAACGUCAGACAGACGAUGUUAAGACAACAAGCCAGGACAUAGACGACCUCCUCAUGGGAAUGGCUUCGCAGAUUGCAGAGAGAGAAGACAAUGUUGUCGUGGAGGACUUAAGAGACUUCAUGUACGGACCCCUGAGGUUCACCCGGACAGAUCUGGUGGCCAUAACUAUCCAAAGAGGAAGAGACUUUGGCCUGCGUAGUUACACUGAGGUCAGAAAAGCUCUGGAUCUGCCUCCUGUCAUCACAUUUGAAGACAUAAAUCCUGAGCUCAACAGCACCAACCCACAGUUGCUCAACGAUAUUGCAGAACUGCACAGCAGAGACAUCUCAAAACUGGAGCUCUUCCCUGGAGGACUACUGGAAUCUCUUGAUGGUCCGGGUCCAGUUUUCUCCGCGAUCAUCUUGGACCAGUUUGAACGCAUUAGAAACGGAGACCGCUUCUGGUUCGAGAACAAACAGAAUGGUUUGUUCACAGAUGAGGAGAUCGAGAUGAUCCGCAAUGUGACCUUUCAUGACGUUCUUAUCGCAGUCACAAGUGCAGAAACCACUGAUAUACAAAAUAAUGUGUUUUUCUGGAAGGAUGGAGACCCUUGUCCUCAGCCAGUGCAACUGAACACAUCAAUGCUCCAUCCCUGCACUAAUGCUACCAAACUCAAUUACUUUGAUGGGAGCCAAGCUGGCUUUGGGAUAUGUAUCAUUAUUCUGUUCCACUUUCCUGUUGUUAGUUUUCUGGUGGCCUGCAUGGUGGCGUAUCUCCGCAAGUACAGGUACAGGAAGUUCCAGAGAAGAAGAAAAGCUGGUGACAGAACAGAGGAGCCAGCUGUGGAAGUCACGGCCUACGAGUGGCAGGGCCAUAAAAAACCUCUGCAACCCGUCAGCGUGGAGCUCGAUGAGAAGAGAAGGCUGCAGGUCUUUGACAGAUCUGGGUCCGCUCACCGCUGUCUCAAUCUGGGCAACCAGAACUACGUAGACAUCCUUCUCUCCAACGACCGGCACCAGAAAGCUCUGCUGCUCAAAGUAGCAAAAGAGUACGACCUGGUGCUGUUUUUUGAUGACGAGAGCAAACGUGCAGCGUUUAUGAAGCAUCUGCGGCCGGGGUUGACAGACCUCGUGCAGGAGAUUAGAGUGAUGGAGAUGAGAGAGAGGGAACUGCUGAAGGAGGCUUUAACCAAAGAGCAGAGGGCUCAGAUUGUGGAAACUUUCAUUCGACACGCUUUCUCAAAGGUCUUGGAAAUAGAGAAGUGUGACGCUGGGGACAUGAGUGGUGUUUCCCACAAGAAAGCCAGAGAGGUUCUCCAGUGCGAGCUGACAGCGUCUGAGUUUGCCGAUGCUCUCGGCCUCAAGCCCGACUCCUUAUUUGUAGACUCCAUGUUCACACUCGCCGAUAAAGAUGGAAACGGAUACCUCUCCUUCCGAGAGUUUCUCGAUGUGAUGGUUAUCUUUAUGAAAGGGUCUUCUGAGGAAAAAUCUAAACUGAUGUUCUCCAUGAACGACAUUGAUGGAACUGGUUUCUUAUCAAAAGAGGAAUUUGUCAGGAUGCUCAGGUCUUUCAUUGAAAUCUCAAAUGGUGCUCUGUCAAAGAGCCAGGCAGAGGACGGCAUCAGGGCCAUGAUGCAGGCAGCAGGCUUUGAUGACAAGGAGAAAAUCACAUGGGAGGACUUCCAUUUCCUCCUGCGGGACCACGAGAAGGAGCUGCAGUUUGCCCAACUCAAUGUCAAAGGGAUGGAGAAACAGGGAAAGAAGCGGAUGAGUCGAGACCAGAGAGUGUCCUUCAUCUGUUCAGGAAACAGGUCAGAGAACGGGACACAGGCUGUGAUCACUCAUCCAGAUCACAAAUGUAACAACCGCAGCUACAAGACAGAUGGACCGGAGUUACGAAGACGGAAAAAGUUAGGUGUCAACACUCCAAAUGUCUAUGUGAAGCCCAAGCGUGAGCAGUACAUAAGGAACCCAAUCCAACAAAAGAUCCAGCACUUCAAACGUUUCAUUGAGAAUUAUCGCCGUCAUAUCGUCUGCUUCACCGUCGUGUACGGCAUCACAGCUGGCGUGGCGCUCGAAAGAUGCUACUACUACGGUUUGCAGUCCGAUUCGACGGGUAUCCCCGAGACUACCCUGGUGGGCAUCAUUGUCUCCCGUGGCUCGGCCGCCUCCAUCUCCUUCCUGUUUCCCUACAUGCUCCUCACUGUGUGUCGCAACCUCAUCACGCUGUGCCGAGAGACAUUCCUCAACCGCUACAUCCCCUUCGACGCAGCCAUUGAUUUUCAUCGUUUCAUGGCCAUGACUGCCAUCCUUCUUUCAGUUGUUCAUAGUUUGGGCCAUGUGUUGAACGUCUACAUCUUCUCCAUCAGCAACCUCAGCAUCCUGUCUUGUCUGUUCCCCAAAGUCUUUUUCAACAACGGGUCUGAACUUCCUCUGAAGUGGUCGUGGUGGUUCUUUCAAACCAUUCCAGGAAUGACUGGUGUAUUGCUUCUUUUUACUUUGGCAUUUAUGUAUGUUUUUGCCUCACACUAUUUCCGUCGCAUCAGCUUCCGUGGAUUUUGGAUCACACAUUACCUCUACAUUGUUGUGUACAUUCUAACAGUUCUUCAUGGCAGUUUCGCCCUGAUCCAAGAGCCCCGUUUCUACAUCUACUUAAUUCCACCUGCACUGCUCUUCCUGCUGGACAAACUGAUCAGCUUGAGCAGGAAAAACAUGGAGAUCCCGGUGCUCAGAGCUGAGCUGUUGCCUUCAGGUGUGACACAUCUGGAGUUCAAGCGACCACAGGGCUUCGUGUAUCGUUCAGGCCAGUGGGUUCGUAUUGCAUGCCUGAUUUUGGACACAGAUGAGUACCACCCAUUCACACUGACGUCAGCCCCGCACGAAGAGACGCUGAGCCUGCACAUCCGAGCUGUGGGGCCCUGGACCAGCCAGCUCAGAGACCUCUACACCGAAGAAAACCUGCUCGAGCUCGGAGCCUAUCCAAAGCUGUACUUGGAUGGCCCGUUCGGUGAGGGCCAUCAGGAGUGGAUUGACUUUGAGGUGUCUGUUCUGGUGGGAGGAGGAAUUGGAGUCACCCCAUUCACCUCCAUCCUGAAAGACCUGGUGUUCAAGUCCUCCAUCAAGUCCAAGAUUCAGUGUAAAAAGGUGUACUUCAUCUGGGUGACACGAACACAGCGUCAGUUUGAGUGGGUGUCAGACAUCAUCAGGGAGGUGGAGGAGAUGGACACCCAGGAGCUAGUCUCAGUCCACAUCUACAUCACGCAGGUGGCCGAAAAGUUCGACCUCCGCACCACCAUGCUGUACGUGUGUGAGCGCCACUUUCAGAAGGUGUGGAGCCGCAGUCUCUUCACCGGCCUGCGCUCCGUCACUCACUUCGGCCGGCCGCCCCUGGUGUCCUUUCUCAGCUCACUGCAGGAAGUUCACCCCGAGGUGGGUAAAAUCGGUGUAUUCAGCUGCGGACCACCUGGACUGACCAAGAACGUGGAGAAAGCUUGCCAGCAGAUGAACAAGAGGGAUCAGGCCCAUUUUAUACAUCACUAUGAGAACUUCUGACCUGCCUCUUAGCAUUGGACUACAUGGUUGCAGAACGAAAGAUGAGACACUUUACAAUGGAGAAUACAAGUUACUAAAGCAGUUGAUGACAAAAUCACACAAUCACAGAAACAAUGUUGGACAUUUUGAUUUAAUGUAAUGUCUACCGAUUAAAUGUGUCUUCUUCUUUACAUCUAUAUUCUCUAUUCGUGAAUAUUAUUGUUAUACAUUCAUUUCUAUCAGUCAAGGAUGAGAUUUCUUUAUUUCUUAUAUCACAAAAACAUACAUGAUUAUAUUCACAAGAUAUGUCAAAUCAUUUCUAAUCAUCAUGCGAGUUCUUAUUUGCUGUUUGACUCAAAUAUGUAACUGUCGUUACCUGUCAUGUCAUUACUUUGUUCAAUUGUUUUUAUGUCAUUGAUUUCUUGUGUUUUGUGUGAAAUAUGUGGAACAAAUAAAAUCACAUUU